UUGUGAAGUAAAUACAUUGGAAGUUUCUCUGAAUAUUAUUAAAAAAGAAAACAACUGCAAGAUUUCUUACUAGAAGUUUUCCUAUAUUAACAAAAACACACACAGAAACAAACUAUUUAUGUCUAUUUAAAUAUUAUUUAAACGAAAUGGCCGUUGUCUUAUUCAUAAUUACCAUUCCGACAGAGGGGGAGGAAUUGCAGUUGCGGAGUGAAUUUCGCAGAAGGAAACUUGAUGCUGGCGCCAAUUCCAUGCCAGACGAAAAAAUUAUACUUACACCAAUAACAACAAAAACUACAGCCACCUUAUCCAAUAUAUCGAGUGCAACAACUGCCACGACUGCUGCUGCUGCCUUCAAUAAUUUAAAUGAACAAUUCACCGCGAAUGCUACUAAUGAAAUCGAUGUUGUUAGUCUUGGCGCCAAAAUGGAUAAUCCAAUAAAUUCUCAAAAUAUGGAUCAACAGCAAUACAGCACUUUUCCGAAACGGCGUAAGUCCGAAGGGCAUAAAUACAUAUUUAAUGAUGCCGGAUAUCUGCUCAAAACUUCAGCCUUUAGAGAUAGCAAUACCGGCAGCGUAUCCGAUAGUGCGAGAGAUAUCGACAUAGAGAAUGUUGAUGGUCCUCCUUUUAUACGAAAAUCAUGGGAAGGUUUACGUGAUAUUCUGUCAUCUUCCAGUCGGAAGAGAAAGAGAGAUUCAUCACGUUUGAAUAUACCAAGUGACGCUUGCAUGGAGACGGUGUUGCGGGAAAUUUUGAAAGGAUCUCAAAUAUGCAAUGCAGUUUGGACGAAGGACACAGAUGGACGUAUGCAUCAAAUUAUAUUUACAGUGGAGUUUAAUGAAACUUAUGAAAAUUUGUUGGACAAACUUCACGAGUGGGGUAUUGGUGAUCGAGCUGGCUCAACUGUGUCUGUUAUGAAUUGUUUGGUUUCAAAAACGUUUCGGCCUGAUGUCGAUAAUGAAUUUCCAGAGCAAAACGACGAUGUCAAUUUAAAUGAACAAAAACAAAGUGUUUGGAAUAGAUUCAUGAACUCGGUAAGAAGUCGAUUGAAUGUGGCGCAAAUUGUGCGCGAUGUUCGACAGGAUGCCGCUAUUACAUUUGAUUUUAUCAUAUUGCUAAUAUCCGCCACGAUUCUAGCAGCUAUUGGUUUGGCUGAGGAUAGUACAAUUUUUCUGGCAGCAAGUAUGCUUGUCUCUCCCUUAAUGGGUCCAAUUAUUGCUGCGAUUUUCGGAACUGCCAUCAGAGAUCCGACACUGCGUACUUUGGGUUUGAGGAAUGAAUUGAUUGGUAUAUUAAUAGCAACAAUUGUUGGUUUCAUUUUCGGCAUUGUUAUUUGCUCCAUCGACGAGCGGUAUGGCAAUGGUGAAGGUUUGACAGCAGAAAUGCUUUCGCGUAGUGAGCUACACUCAUUGUUGGUUGGCCUCUUUACCGCAAUACCUUCCGGUGCUGCAGCCGCUGUAGCGAUUUUGGGUGGAAAUAUUGGUUCGUUGGUGGGUGUGGCGAUAUCGGCAUCGCUCCUGCCCCCGGCCAUUAAUGCAGGCGUCCUCUGGGCUUUGGCACUCAUUUAUAAGCUUUUUGAAAAAGACGAUUCACGUUUUAAUAUCGUUGUGAAGUCACAUACCUUCUCCAACAACCAAGCUGCUGAAUUAUUAUUUUUAGGUGUGAUUAGUAUGUUAGUGACCAUAUCGAAUAUAAUAUGUGUAUAUAUAAUGGGCGUGUUGGUAUUGAAAAUUAAGGAGAUUGCACCUGUGAUUUCUAGAAAUCAUCGAGAAUUUUGGAAACACGAUAUAAAAAUUGCGCGAGGACUGCCCAAAAAUGGUAUCGAUACUAAUACCGCACUGAUCGAUGAGUUUGCUAACCUGCCGCAAGAAGAUCAAAAAACUCUGGGUAUAGAUUAUAAUUUAUUACGGACAAUACGCUUAGACGAUGCCUCAUACCAAAACACUUGGUCGCCCAUUGGAAAUAGGCAGUUAUUCGAUCGAUCUGCGCUAAAUGUUAUAAGAGAUAACUAUUCGACUGUGCAUCAAAUCGAACGCAUAUACUCCACUAUAAACCAGCAUCAAACAUUUCAAUCCAGGAGAACCCGCUGUAGUUUAAAUCGUCAUCCUACUACACUUUGCAGCGCUUACAGCAAAACUUAUGAUAUAUUGCCAGCUUCUAUACCACGCUCUGCAACAAUGCCCACUCAAGCUAAUUGUCCUACUAUAAGUAUUUUAAAAGCAAUGGGUGAAACUGGCUCUUCUACAGCUAAUCCAUCUUCGCAAUCUUCAAUGACUAAUACCCCAACUACUACUAUCGACGAACGUAAACGACGCAAAUUUAUCGUAACACCAGCAGAGGAUCCAAUAAGGAUCUCCAUUAACUAUGACGAAAUGGAUGCUUAGCGGACUCGAGAAGCAUACAAUGGAAUAGUGUUCAUGCAACAGUGUUCUUGCAUGAAUUGCAUACAUUUCUACAUUCAAAUAUACAUUUCAAAUCA